CGAAGUGAAGUCCUGGUUCAGCAACGCACAAGGCUCUAAUGGCGACGAGCUCCCCGAGCAUUUGAGGAAGAAGAAGGAGAAGAAGAAGACGAAGAGAAGGAGGCCAAGAUGCUGUCUUCGGCCUUUGAUUCGCGGGCGGUGCGGUGGAUCCUCUUCGCUGUUCUCCUCAUUAUCGUCUCCUUCUACUCUGGAACCCUAUUCGGUUCCACUCCCUACUCCUCUACCAUCUAUCUCCAGCCCCAGUCCGAGCAUGCUCCAAUUCCUUCUCGAGGGGCUUUGCGAUUUGGAAACAGAGUUAGCCUUACAUAUAGAACAAAAUCUAUUUUGAUACCAGAAACUGGGAUGAAUGUGUGCCCUUUGGACUUCAAUGAGUACAUUCCUUGUCAUGAUUUGAAAUAUAUUAAGACCUUGAUUCAGAAUUUAGAUAUUUCAAAGAAGGAAGAGCUUGAAAGACAUUGCCCGCCUCCUGAGAAAAGCUUGUUUUGUUUGGUGCCCCCACCAAAAGACUACAUGAUCCCUAUAAAUUGGCCAGCUAGUCGUGAUUAUAUUUGGCGGAGCAAUGUGAAUCAUACACAUCUUUCUGAAGUGAAAGGAGGACAAAAUUGGGUGCAUGAGAAGGAUAAGCUGUGGUGGUUUCCUGGAGGUGGCACUCACUUCAAACAUGGUGCUGCACAGUACAUUGAAAGGCUGGGGAACAUGACUACUGAUAGUUCAGGUGAUCUGCGUACAGCAGGAGUAUCUCAAGUUCUGGAUGUUGGUUGUGGUGUUGCCAGCUUUUCUGCAUAUUUACUGCCCUUGGACAUUCUGACAAUGUCUUUUGCCCCCAAAGAUGGUCAUGAGAAUCAGAUUCAAUUUGCUUUAGAGAGAGGGAUCGGUGCAAUGAUUUCUGUUCUGAGCACAAAACAGCUGCCUUUUCCCCAAAACUCUUUUGAAAUGGUUCAUUGUUCAAGAUGCCGUGUUGACUGGCAUGAAAAUGAUGGCAUACUACUUAAAGAAGUUGAUCGUCUUCUGCGACCAAAUGGAUAUUUUGUGUAUUCAGCUCCACCUGCUUACAGGAAAGAUAAAGAUUUUCCUAUCAUUUGGGAUAAGUUGGUAAAUUUGACUACAGGAAUGUGCUGGAAACUCAUUGCUAAACAGGUGCAAACUGCCAUUUGGCAGAAACAAGAAGAUGAAUCAUGUCGAGUGCAAAAUUCUGAGAGGAAUUUACUGUCCAUAUGUGAACCUGUGGAUGAUUCUAUACCCCCAUGGAGAAGCCCUCUUAGAGACUGUGUACAAUUACAAAAUCAGAAAUCAAAUAUACAGAAGCUCCCUCCUAGAUAUGAAAGGCUAUUUUUAUACCCAAGAAGGCUCGAGACUACAGGUGUUACUCCAGAGAUGUUUGAUUUGAAUAAUCAAUUUUGGCAAGAACAAAUCCAGCAAUAUUGGAAGCUGAUUGAUCUGAAUAGGGUAGAGAUCCGGAAUGUGAUGGACAUGAAUGCUUAUUAUGGUGGUUUUUCUGCAGCACUCAAUAGCUUGCCCUUUUGGGUGAUGAACAUAGUUCCAACAACCAUGAACAAUACCUUGUCUGCUAUAUAUGAUCGUGGUUUGGUUGGUGCCUUUCAUAACUGGUGUGAGCCUUUCUCAACAUAUCCACGGACAUACGAUUUGCUGCAUGCUUAUCAUUUGUUUUCUUACCUAAGUUUUGAUGAGGAAGGUUGUCAGAUAGAGGACUUGGUGCUUGAGAUGGACCGCAUGGUUCGUCCACAGGGUUUUAUCAUCAUCAGAGAUGAGGACUCAAUUAUCUCAAGGAUUAAAGAUCUUGCACCGAAAUUUCUCUGGGAUUUCACGUCACACACAUUAGAGAAUGAAGAAAAGAAAAUGGAGCCUGUGCUAGUUUGCCGAAAAAAGUUCUGGGCUAUUGUUUGAUGAAUCCUCGUACCGUCAUCUUUCACCGCAUUGCAGAUGAAUCAAUGUCGAAAGUUUUAUGUGUAGCUAAGCAUCAAAUACAUUCUCUGCAAGCCCCUUGCAUUUUUCUGUGCAGUAAUGAUUCUCAAGUCUGUAUGAAUAUCUACGCCAUGGAUUUCUUUGUGAGGUUCUCCAACUCAAUGGCUGCAUUGUGCUGAUGAAGACCAGAAAGGCGAGUUGUUGAAGGAUGGCCUAAACCUUUUUCCUGUCAUUUAAUUACUUCUUUCUGACUUAAUUCAUUGAUGGAUAUAGUCAAAGAAUGAUCAAAGUAAAUCAACUUGUAUACUCUUGCAUUAUAUUUAUUUGUUUAUUUACUUUUGUAUCAAAUAUAAGAGUAAAUCAAAUACUGUCUAUAAUGA